CAUCCCUGAACGGCGGCAUUUUGCAUUCACCUGCUAAGACCAUCAUUGUCUUUUCUCCCACUGUAGGCUACAAGUCUUCAAUGAUAUUCUGCUACUGUAGAAGUAGUACAGUUGUCAUGCCUGGCUGACAUAGCCACUAUUUUAAUCUAGUUGCCGACUUAGAAAGAGUGUGUAGUCUAUUCUUCAAAAAUGUCUGAAACUUCUUCUGUCCACUCCGGAUCACUCGCGUCCAGCCAGCGGAUCAUGCAGCUUGCUCUCAAGGGAGAAUGGAUUGCGGUCGAGCAGACAAUUAAAGCGCUGGAGAAAGGAGACCCAGAAAUCUUCCAGACAGAUGAGGAGUCAGGAUUAAGUCUGUUUAUAAUUGCUGUGAAAGAGAACCGUGUGGCUGUAGUGGAGAGGUUGUUGGAGAUGGGAGUCAACCCAACUGACAAAAGCAAGGAUGGCAGGACAGCCUUGCAUAUAGCAGCAGCUCACUCCAAAGACGAAAUUGUGAGACUCUUGGCAAGAAAGGCAGACCCCAAUAUUCCCGGAGGGCCCAAGGACCAGCUGCCUCUGCACUUUGCCGCCUGCCGACCGACAGGAUCCCACGGAGCUGUCCACACCCUCCUCAAACUCUCCAGCAAGGAUGCCCGUCUGCACCCAGAUACGGAUGGCUGCAUUCCACUUCUUCUGGCUGUUGAAUCAGGGAAUGUUGGAAUCGUUAAGGAGCUGCUUGGAGCUUUAUCAGAGCCUCAGCUGCGGGCCCAGAGACAUGGAGACGGAGACUCUGCCCUCCAUAUUUGCUGUCGAAGAAAGGAUGCAGAGAUGGCAAAGAUCCUGGUGGAGUUUGGGGCCAAUGUUGACUUCCAGAAUGAGGAGGGCCAGACCCCUCUUCACAUCGCUGCCUGGGAGGGAGAUGAGGCCACUCUGAAGGUCUUCUACCAGGGCAAGGCCAACCCAAACAUAGCAGACAAGAUGGAUAGAUCCCCUCUGCAUGUUGCUGCCGAACGUGGCCAUACCAACAUUGUGGAGGUGCUAACGGAGAAGUUCAAGUCCAACGUGCUGGCAAGGACCAAGGAUGGCAGCACACUGCUGUACGUUGCCUCUCAGUGUGGUCACCCUGAGACUGCCCUGGCCUUCCUGAAGAAAGGCGUCCCCCUGCAUAUGCCCAAUAAGUCUGGCGCCGUUUGUCUGCACGCCGCGGCCAAGCGUGGACACACUGCUGUAGUGAAGGCUCUGCUCCUGAAGGGGGCGCAGGUGGACGCCACCACUAAAGAUGGCCUUACUGCCCUCCACGUGGCUGUGCAAUACUGCAAGCCCCUGGUGGUGCAGAUGCUGCUGGGCUUCGGGGCCAAAGUCCAGCUCAAUGGUGGCAAGGAUCAGGAGACACCUUUGCACAUCGCUGCCCGCGUGAAAGAGGGGGAGAGUGGCGAGAUGCUUCUGAAGAGCGGGGCAGAUGUGAACGCUGAGCAGGAGAAUGGGGAAACUGCCAUGCAUGUCGCUGCUCGCCACGGUAGCCUUCAGAUGCUGAGGUCUCUUAUAGAAGAGGGAGGUGACCUGACAUGGAAAUCUAAGGCAGGAGAGAAUCCCCUCCACGUGGCUGUUCGCCACUGCCAUGCUCCCAUAGUGGAGGAGAUCCUGAGCUACCUGACCAGGGAGAGGAGCCUGGACAGGGCACAGUGCUGCGUCAGGCAGCAGAACCAGAGGGGGGAAACCUCUUUGCACCUGGCAGCCGAACUCAGGAAGGAUAGUGUCCAUGAGAACGGGGAGGAUGUCCUCAUCGUCCGAACCCUCAUGGAGUACGAUGCCAAUGUUACUGCAACAACAAGAGAGUUAAGGGAGACUCCGCUGCAUUACUGUGCCCGGGUGGGAAACACGGCUGUCCUGCAAGAGAUCCUGCGUGGCGUGGCUGCCAGCUGCCUGCAGAUGGCUGUCAACAAGCAUGCCAAGAAUGGCUGGUCCCCACUGCUCCUGGCUGCCGAACGAGGUCACUUGGAAGUGGUCAGGAUACUGCUGCAGAACCACGCCAGGGUAGAUGUCUUUGAUGAGGAUGGCAAGGCAGCUCUUCAUUUGGCGGCUGAGAAUGGCCAUGAAGACAUUGCAGACCUCCUGCUGUCCCAUAAGGCCUUUGUCAACGCAAAGACCAAACUGGGCUUGACGCCACUGCACCUAGCCGCGCAAAACGGCUCCACCCGUCUGGUCCGACUGCUGGUGGAGACACACGUGGCCAGUACAGACGCCCUUUCCCUUAAUAAACAGACGCCUCUGCAUCUCGCUGCCAUGAGUGGACAACUGGACGUUUGCAGUAGCCUGUUAAAGCUGAGAGCUGACAUCACUGCCACUGAUAUUCAUGGGCAGACACCCCUCCACUUGGCUGCAGAGAAUGACCACUCUGAGGUGGUGCAGCUUUUCCUGAAGCACCGGCCAGAGCUAGCCACCCUGGCCAACGUGGAAGGUGCCACCUGUACCCACAUCGCCGCGGCAAAGGGCAGCGUCGCGGUCAUCAGGGAGCUGCUCAAGUUCAACCAGGGGGGCGUGAGCACACUGCACAACAAGGCCAACGGCUCCUGUCCUCUACAUCUGGCUGCAGCUGGAGGUCACACGGAGGUUGUGAAGGUCCUUCUGGAGGCCGGAGCCUCAGCAGCAGACGAGGACGUUGAAGGAAUGACAGCCAUUCACCUGGCUGCCAGGAGUGGUCACAUUCACAUCCUGGAGGUGCUGAAGAACAAUAUCUCUUUGAAGAUCAGCAGCUCUAAGACAGGGUUGACAGCUCUGCAUGUUGCCGCCUGUUUUGGUCAAGUGGAAUUUGUGAGAGAGAUGUUGACCAAGGUGCCUGCCACCAUGCGCAGUGACCGUCCCCACAGCACACUCAAGAGAAGUGGAGAGGGCUCUCACAGACAGCCACCUCCCUCAGAGUCAGGAUACACUCCCCUGCAUCUGGCUGCCCAGUCAGGCCAUGAGAGUGUGGUGCGGCUGCUGCUAAACUCUCCUGGAGUGCAGGCAGAUGCAGAGACUGACACACAGGGCUCCACCCCGCUCCACCUGGCGGCCCAGAGUGGCCACACGGCCGUGGUGGGUCUGCUCCUCAGCCGGUCCGGCUCCCUGCUGCAGCUGAGAGACAAACGUGGGCGCACCUGCCUCCACCUGGCCGCCGCCAAUGGGCAUGUGGCCAUGGUGAGAGUGCUGCUGGGCCAAGGGGCAGAGAUCAACCUCACAGACCAGACGGGCUGGACUCCUUUGCACUAUGCCGCUAAGGCUGGGUGUCUGCACAUGGUGCGUUUCCUGGUGGAGAGUGGAGCGUCAGCGCGGGUUAAGUGUCUCCAGGGCCGGACGCCAUUACAGUACGCAGCUGGAGAGAACCAUCAGGCCACCGUCAGCUUCCUGCUGUGCAGAGACAACAACACGCUACACCUACUGGAGGAUAGGAGGUUUGUGUUUGACCUGAUGGUGUGCGGCCGCCUGAAUGGGAACCUGGCUCUGGACGAGCUGGUGCUCCAUUCCACCGCCCCACUGGAGACGGCCGUGCGUCUGUCCCGCGCCCUGGGCCAGGCAGCCCUGCGGGAGAAGGAGCGCGCUGUGGACCUCCAGGCGGCGGCGCGGCACUGCGAGUCCUUAGCCUCCGAUCUGCUCACCGUGGCCUCAGCUGUCGGGGGCCGUGGAGCGGGACAAAUCCUACGGGCGGUGGACCACCGCGGGGCCAGCGUCCUGGACUGCCUGAUCGAGUGCCGGCAGAAGGGCGUGGUGUCGCACCCUGCUGUGCAGAAGUACCUGACGGAGGUGUGGUUCGGCAGCCUGCAGUGGGACUCAUGGAAGAUCCUGCUGCUGUUCUUCGGGUUACUGCUCUGUCCCCCGCUCUGGCUGGUCUUGUCCCUGCCUCUCAAGCACAGAUUCAAUACCAUACCCAUUGUGAAGUUCAUGAGUCAUCUGGUGUCCCAUGUCUUCCUCCUGGCUCUGUUCAUCCUCACCAUAGUCUACCCCCCAAUCAACCCCAUCUCCCUGGGCCACCUAGUCCCAGCCUGGUCAGAGUGGCUCCUGCUGGCCUGGCUCUGUGGCAUGGUGGUGUCCGAGCUCACCCACCCCGGUGAGCGGGCCGGGCUAGCCUGGAUCCGCAUCAUGCUCCUGGGCUUCUCACUGGCGGCCGUCCUCCUGCACCUCCUGGCCGUGGUGCUCCAGUGGUGGCCGCCCAGCCACCUGCACUGCCUGUUCGCCCGCAACGUGCUGCUGGCCGUGGCCAUGACACUGGGCUUCAUCCAGCUGCUGGAGUUCCUCACCUUCCACCACCUUUUCGGACCCUGGGCCAUCAUCAUCCGUGACCUGAUGAAGGACCUGGGACGCUUUGCCGUCAUCCUGGUGCUCUUCCACGCGGCCUUCACCAUGAGCCUGUCUGCCGUGUGUCAGCCUGUGUAUCCCGCGAAUGUCCGAGACGUGGACCCGGACAACGCCACUGAGACCCUGGACGCUCCAGAGCCGGAGCUAACCCCGCUCGAUGUCUCGGUGCUGCUGUUCUUCGCCCUCUUUGGACUCACCGAGCCCGAAGCCAUGCCUGCCCUGGAGCGCUCGCCCCCGGCUGCCGCCGUGGUAGCCCACCUGGCGUUCGGCAUCUACCUGGUGGUGACGGUCAUCGUCCUGAUCAACCUGCUCAUCGCCAUGAUGAGCGACACCUACCAGCGCAUCCAGGCCCAGUCGGACAUGCAGUGGAAGUUUGGUCGGGCCGUACUGAUCCGUGACAUGAGCCGCAAGUCCGGAACACCGUCGCCGUUCAAUCUUUUCACCAACCUGUUCUUCUAUGCCAAGAUUCUGUGCAAACAUGGAGGUAAGAUCUGCUCAACGGAGGCCCGAGAUUUGAUGGGUGAGGAGGAGGAUGUGGAGGGUCUGUCCGACAGUCGCUCGCUGGACAUGCUUGCCCACUCAUCCGUCAGCUGGAUGCGGGGUAACAGGAGGACACAGGUCAUUCCUGAGGUUGGUGAAGCCUCACUGGCCCCGAGGCAGAUGGGCAGUGGGCAGGUGCGGGUGGAGCAGGUGGUGGACUGGGCAGCGGUGGUCCAGCGUUUCCUCGCCCUCCAUGGACAGCCACAGAGGGACCGUAACCCACUGGAGAGAGAGAAGGAAGGAUAAUAAUGUGACAAGACAAGAGAAUGUAACUGUGAGGUGAAAAAGCAGCUUUACUUGAGAACCUAACUACAUCAAGAAGAUGUGUCAAUGUAACAUCUGUAACAUCAUUACACUGCCUUGUUAGGUUCUCAUGUGCUUGUAAUUGCCAUUUGGUGAUAUAGCCACUGUCGGGUCUAGUGUUAGCAUUGCAAGUAUGCUGUUUAUUUCUGGUUUCUAGCUCACAGUACUUUCUACAGAAACCAAGAUGUGUUGUAAAUCAGGACCAUAUUUACAAGACAGCAUGUGGCUAUUAAAUAACCACUAAUGAACCUAACUUCAGGUUGACAUUCACAACACUGCCAUUUUGGUAAGAUAAUUUCCUCUUGCAGUUUUAUCUCUUUGAAUGUAUUUAGCAUGCUUUUUUUUUUACUACAAGUGUAAUCUUGUCUGUAUGACUAAUAUUGUCAUCAUGUUCUGACUGUUGACCAUUGAAACGAACUCCAGAAGCACACUUAAUCAUGGAGCUCUAUGGCAACAUUUGAAAGUAUUUUGCAGAUCCUUACAUUAACACACAUAUACUUGUAUUCAAUGUACAUGUAGAUCCACAGACAGCUAAUAGAGCCUUUAUGGGUGAACAGAGUUGUUCCCAACUCCACAACGCAUAUCUUUAAAUUAUGGCUGUGUAAAAUAUCUGUAAAUAUUGUACCCACUCUGCUCAACUCGCUGGGGUCUAAAUUAAACAAGGGGAUUCACAGCUCUCCUAUUAAUAAAGUCUGUAACGCUUGGGAAACCAGGGCCUCUCUCCGUAGCGGGUGAGACAGGACAGGAUGUCAUUCGUCUACUGGCUAGUGGAAGGAUCAAGCACAGGCUGUGCUUUGGCUGAUUGAUGCCAUUAAAGCUUGUAACAGUCCAUGAGUCAGUGUCAGAGUACGUCGGCCGAAUAAGACCAUCGGGGAUUUUUUAAAUAGAGAAACCACUCAGAGAGUGCUGCUGAUGGACAGAAGAUAGUAGAACCACUCCGAGAGUGCUGUUGAUGGACGAAACAUAGUACUAACAAGACAAGAUAACGUGGAGGUGGUCAAUGUAAAGCAGCCAGAAAGUUCAGAAAAAAAACUCUCAUGCCACUCUUCAUAAAAAUGCUUUGUUAAAACUGGUAUGGUAUGGCUAUGGUAUGAAAACUCAAUAAAAUACACUCCAAGUUGUUUCAGGGAGUGAAUAUUAUUAUUUUUUUUUUAAUAAAUGGACAGUCCUCUAGUGUCCUCUAGGCCUAAAUGGGACUACGAUACGAAGUGUCGUAUGGAGCUUUUCUACGAUGAAUGAAAUUCAACAAAGUCAUGUGUGAUGUGCCUUUGUGUGGAUAUUUUAUGAUGACCUUUGUGUGGAUAUUUUAUGAUGACCUUUGUGCUGUGUACAGUUCUCUUUCCAGCUGACUAUUAUGUUCUAAUCAGAAUUUUAUGUAGCUUUGAUAUACACACAAUUAUAUACUGUAUGUGGCUCACUCAGUAAAUCAUGAGAAUGUCUCAAUAUUCUGCCAUUAUGUGCUUUUUGUAUAAAACAUUGUAAAUCCCCGUAGGCUAUAAUUUGAACUGUCAUGUCAUAAAUAUUUUUCAACAAAUUCCACUACCCAGCUGUUUUGAAUUACAACCGUAGUAAAACAAAGCAGAGUCAUGUACAGCACUGUAUUUCAUGAUUCAUUACAUAAAGUUUUGAAGUGCAGAUUUUCACUCUGCCUUUUUACCCUGC